UUUGUUUUUCUUUUUUGGGUCUCGUUAGCCAUAGUGCUGAAUUGGCCAGCAGAACCCAUGCAGGAUGUGUUGUUUCACUAGAAUACAACUUUGGCUGGCUUUGCUGGUUCUUGUCAUUGCUUUCCAUAAUGGCAGCAUUGCAAAUGGGUGGCAUUCAGCCUUCCCUGGCUCCACAAAAGGAGGCAGAGGUACAUAUGACCUGUACUUUGGCAGUUCUGGUGUAGAUGAGCCAUACGAGGCCGGGACUGCUCAAGUAAGACCUAGCCACAGUGGGACUUCCUACUCUAGUGCAGCUGUUGGCAGUUCACAGGCCACACAUGCAGGAUCUUUCCAAAUGUCAGGGGGCAGGUCCGAACUGUUCUCUCCCUUCAGGCCAGCCCAGACUGCGUCUUCCCCUGUUCAGAGCAGGUAUCGGCCAUCCCAGGUAGGACCCAGCCGAAGGACUGGAUACCAGCGCUACCAGCAAACCUCUGGGUCGCCGCAUACUACAUACCACCCUGUACAGAGCACCUACCGGUCAUCCAUGGGCAACUGGAAACCACAAGCUGUAUCUAGACCAGUGGGGAGUACCCAAGAACAAGCAUCUCCAGCCAAGCCAGCCCAGAGGAGUUCCAACCCUGGCAGUCAGAACUGGCAGUCUCCAUCGGUGUCUAGUGGUCAUCCAUAUGCUGAACCUGAGCAAAACGGGCAAACCUCCAGACCAGCACAGGGUAACUACCAGCACUCCCAGACUAGAUUUACACAAAGCUCUGAGGCCCAACACAGUGAUGGCACCAGGAAACCAGCUGCUGCUAAGCCAGUCCAGAGAUGGCGCUCUCCUUCAGUGUCUCCAUAUGCUAAGCCAGAGCAAAACAGGCAGCCCUCCAGACCAGCACAGGGUAACUACCAGCACUCCCAGACUAGAUUUACACAAAGCUCUGAGGCCCAACACAGUGAUGGCACCAGGAAACCAGCUGCUGCUAAGCCAGUCCAGAGAUGGCGCUCUCCUUCAGUGUCUCCAUAUGCUAAGCCUGAGCAAAACAGGCAGACCUCCAGACCAGCACAGGGUAACUACCAGCACUCCCAGACUAGAUUUCCAGCCAGUUCUGUGGCCCACCACGCUGGUGGCACCAGGAAACCAACAGCUCCUAAGCCAGUCCAGAGUGGCUCAAGGCCUGAGGUUAUGUCUCAGUCUGACAGAAUUCAUGGGCCAUCAUAUCCAGUCCAGAGCAGUCAACAAGGUCAUGCUCAGACUAGGGGCUAAAGGUUUGGAGAAUGCAGUGUUUGAAUGAAGAUAAGCCCUGUGUCAAUGAACUUAAUUGAGAGGUCGCAAGAAGAUACAAGUGUUCUCAUGUAUUAACUGUGCCUUUUCUUGUUUCUAGAUGUUCCUUGAAAUGCAGCUUCAAUAAAUAUCUGCUUUAUAAUA